CAUAUUUGGAGUAUUCUCUUCGACGUCUCAAAGCAUUCGCUGUUGGCCCUUUUUGACCUGACUCACUAUACGCUAAACAUUCUCUGAGCAUCAACACUCUUCCAGCAAGUUAAUCUGUGCUGUCUCUUUGCAAAGUCAACUCUUAGGAAAAGCAUUCAUCACGCAUUCUCACAGAAGACUCUAUCUCAGCACACUAAAGGAGCCGAACAGUCUCUUUCCCUGCAAUUUCAACACCAGCGAUGGCGUUCACCUUUGCUGCGUUCUGUUACAUGCUGACUCUCGUCCUCUGUGCAUCUCUUAUUUUUUUCAUCAUCUGGCACAUCAUUGCUUUUGAUGAACUUCGGACAGACUUUAAAAAUCCCAUUGAACAGGGAAAUCCCUCUAGAGCGAGAGAGAGGGUUAAGAACGUGGAGCGGAUUUGCUGCUUGCUCAGAAAGCUUGUAGUGCCUGAGUACUGCAUCCAUGGUCUUUUCUGCCUGAUGUUUAUGUGUGCUGCUGAAUGGGUUACCCUUGGUCUGAACAUACCUCUCUUAUUCUACCAUCUCUGGAGGUACUUCCACCGGCCUGCAGACGGCUCAGAAGCAAUGUUUGAUCCAGUAUCCAUAAUGAAUGUGGAUAUCUUAAAUUACUGUCAAAAGGAGGCCUGGUGUAAACUGGCAUUCUACCUGCUAUCUUUCUUCUACUACUUGUACAGGGUGGGGGCCACUGUACGUUAUGUCAGCGCGUAGGAUGCUGUGCCUCUGAUGUUUGAUUUAUACGCUCGUCACUUUUUGAAUCAAGCCUCUCCAAACCUUUGAAUCCAGGCGACAGAAGAAAGAAAUGUAAGAGAAAAUGGAGACACUUGCUGAUACAAGGAAUAUACUGCAGGGCAUCAGUUCCAACACCCUGCCUACUAGUAGAUUAUUUUGUUUGUAUCUUUCACUCUCCAUCGCUCUCCCUAUUCUGUCCUCCCUUUAUCCUUUACUUUAUAACCCCUUCUCCACUCUCUUCUUCCCCUCUUCUUAUUGCCUCUCUCUCUUUUUAGACUGCUGCUGGCUUACAGCUUUUAUUCGUCUGUUUGAAGUCUGUGACUUUAUUUCUUCAGAGAUGUGUGAGGUUUACUGUCAAUAAAAAUAUAUAUAUAUCUA